GAUUGCGCGGCCACGGCAUGCCGAGGCUCUGCUGACUUCCCAUCUGUCGGCGCAGACGGUUCCUGUUCGAAGCCUUUGUCGGGGAGGCGAAUUCCUUGAGCUGCCAGGAAAGGCCGACGUGAUCACGUCCUUUCAGGGCGCGCCGCCUCCUCCGAAUAACGGCGUCUACCGACCCCCUCCGGGACAGCCGCCCUUCCAGCAAGGGCCACCGCCCCAGGGUCCACCCCAGGGCGGCCCAGGACCAGGACCUCCACCACCUGGGUACCAGGGGCCUCCUCCUGGCCCUGGGUACCAGGGGCCUCCCCCAGGACCUGGUUACCAAGGCCCCCCUCCGGGGCCACCCGGAGCUCCGGGUGCACCAGGGUCGCCAGCAGCGCCGGUGGGCCAGCAGGGAAAUCCCGAGGACCUCACGCAAGAAGAAAUCAAUGAGGAUGAGAUGCCGGAGGAGUUCGUGCAGCCGCCCCCGCCGAAGAUGAAAGUCACCGGCCCUGUGAUGGCUGCGCUGUUUACGCCGCCCCUCGUUCUGCUCACCAGCUACGGCAUUUGGUACGCCUUCUUCCGGGAG